UUUUAAUUAAACUUACCGUGGCGCUGCUGGUAUUCGAUUCAUCGACGACAUCAAGUAGGGCCUUUCGCUACAGUCGGCGUUCUCAUUUAUCUAUUGGUCUGGAUCGAAUACGAAUAUGGAAAACAAAAACAAAAACGUAAGCAUCGUAGACGAAAAUGGGAAUCCUGGUAAGCGGCCCUUAAGCAUGCUAAGAAAUUUUGAAGAAGAAGAAGAAACAACACUUGAUUCUGGAAACGCUAAAAAGCAGCAAAAAGAGCAACCAUCUGGGACAAUGAAGAAUUAUAUUGUUUUUCCAAAUGGACAAAAACUAGAAAUUCGUGGCACUAUUUGUGGUGCUGUCAAUCUGGAUCAAACUGUAUGUGCGAAACCAUUAGAUGCUAAUCCGAGCUCCACACAAACACAGCAAACUAUUUUUUUAAAGACUGCUGGAGCUACUCCAAGUACUACCAAACCUGUACAACAGCCAUUAGAUGUUAAAAAGUCUGCUGGAAAACCAGAUCCCGUCACACAUACACAGCAAACUAUUUUUUUAAAGACUGCUGGAGCUACUCCAAGUACUAGCAAACCUGUACAACAGCCAUUAGAUGUUAAAAAGUCUGCUGGAAAGCCACAUCCCGUUACACAAACACAGCAAACUAUUUUUUUAAAGACUGCUGGAGCUACGCCGAGUUAUAGUAAAUCAAUCCAACAAACGUAUUUGGAAACGUCAGGAGAUAUUAUGGAGUAUAGCAAACUAAAACAGCAUUCCAAAACAUCUUACGCUACUCCGGGUCCGAGCAAACCGAGUCUGCAAAUGGUUAAUACCGAACUAUCUGGUGGUUUGCUUGAUCCCGACGAUACUCCAUUCUUAAUCUCCAAGAACAUAUUACGACAGCUUAUUCGUGGUACUUAUAUGGGUCCGAAGGGUGACUUGAAUAUAUGGUAAUCUGUUUUUUAUUUGUGAUUUUAGAUGAAGAUACUAGC